AUGUCGAAAACAUAUAAUUUCGAUUGGCAAAUUGAAGUAUCAACUCGUCUACUUCAAGGCGAUUCUUUUGAUCGCUGGGAUGAAGAAAAUGGAACAUUAGAACAAAAUUGUUUAUUUCGUGUUGAUAGUUAUGGAUUUUUUAUUUAUUGGCAAAGUGAUGGACGUGAUGGACAAGUGAUUGAACUUUCACAAGUUAGCGAUAUAAGACCAGGCAAAGCUCCAACUGAUCAAAAAAUUGGUGCUGAUCUCAUGUCUAAUUCACUUGUCUAUGGUCGAGGUAAUAUUGAUGAACGAACAGUUACUAUUUGUAGUGGAAUCGAUUUUGUACAAAUAAGUCACACUAAUAUAACAGGUGCUGAUCCAGCUACAGCAAAAGCAUGGAUUGAAGGAUUAAGAAAAAUUACACAUAAUCAUAAGGCUAAUAAUAUAUGUCCAACAACCAUAUUACGAAAACAUUGGAUGAAAUUAUCUUUUAUGUUAAAUGUUAAUAAAAAAAUUCCUGUUCGAAGUAUUAGUAAAACAUUUGCAUCUGGUAGAACUGAAAAACGUAUAUUUGAAAUUCUUAAAGAACUUGGUUUACCGAGUGGAAAGAAUGAUGAAGUCGAUCCAGCUGAUUUUACAUUCGAAAAAUUUUGUGAUCUAUAUCAUAAAAUUUGCCCACGUACUGAUAUAGCUGAAUUAUUCGAUCAACUGUCCGGUGGAAAAGAUUAUAUAACUACAAAGCAAUUCGUCGAUUGGCUUAAUGAAGCUCAACGUGAUCCACGGUUAAAUGAAAUUUUAUUUCCAUUUUAUGAUACAAAAAGUGCAUUGCGUAUUAUUGAUCGACAUGAAUUACGUGCUAAUUAUCGGGAUCGUGGCCAUUUAUCAUGUGAUGGUUUAACGAGAUAUUUAAUGUCGGAUGAAAAUGCACCAGUUUUUCUUGAUCGUCUAGAAGUUUAUCAUGAUAUGGAUCAACCAUUGUGUCAUUAUUUAAUUAAUUCAUCGCAUAAUACAUAUUUACAGGGAAGACAAUUCGGUGGUCGUUCAUCAGUCGAAAUGUAUAGACAAGUUUUAUUAGCUGGUUGUCGUUGUAUUGAAUUAGAUUGUUGGGAUGGAAAAAAUGAUACUGAACCAAUAAUAACACAUGGGAAAGCAAUGUGUUCGGAUAUUAAUUUUAAAGAAGUUAUUUAUGCAAUCAGAGAUACAGCGUUUGUUACAAGUGAUUAUCCAAUUAUACUCUCAUUCGAAAAUCAUUGUUCGAAACCACAACAAUUUAAAUUAGCAAAAUAUUGUGAAGAAAUCCUGGGCGAUUUAUUAUUAACAAAACCAUUAGAUAGCCAUUCACUUGAACCUGGUGUGCCUUUGCCAUCACCAAAUUUAUUAAAACGUAAAAUACUUAUUAAAAAUAAAAGAUUAAAACCAGAAGUCGAAAAAAGGCAACUUGAUUUAUUUCUCAAAGGCAUAGAUACUGAAGGAAACAAUGAUAAUGAUGUCGAUUCAGCAGCUAAUGUCGAAGGAGAAGAUGGUUCAGCUGCAUUUUCUGACAAUGCCAAAUUACGUGAUGAUGAUGAUGAAGCUCAUCCCGAAUUAAAUGUUGACGUGAAUGAUGAUGCAAGUCGACGCACAUUAUUUGGUCAGUUGGGUUUAAAACUAAAAGUAUCAUCGAAUCUAUCUCGAGAAGAAGAAGAAGCACUCUACAAUGGUUAUCAGUAUAAAGGUGCAACAACAAAUAUUCAUCCAUUGUUAUCAUCUCGUGUUAAUUAUACACAGCCAAUAAAAUUUCCCGGUUUUUCCAAAGCAGAAGAACGUAAUAUACAUUAUCAUAUGUCAUCAUUUUCUGAAAAUGUUGCUUUACAACAUUUAAAACAAAAUCCAAUUGAAUUUGUUAACUACAACAAACGACAAUUGUCACGAAUAUAUCCCAAAGGUGGACGUGUUGAUUCAUCUAAUUAUAUGCCACAAAUAUUUUGGAAUGCUGGUUGUCAGAUGGUGUCAUUAAAUUUUCAAACGCCUGAUCUCCCGAUGCAAUUAAAUCUAGGAAAAUUUGAAUACAAUGGAAACUGUGGUUAUUUAUUAAAACCAGAUUUUAUGCGUCGACCUGAUCGAACAUUUGAUCCAUACGCUGAAAGUCCUGUCGAUGGUGUGAUAGCUGCAUUUUGUAGUGUGCGUGUAAUAUCCGGUCAAUUUUUAUCUGAUAAAAAAAUUGGUACCUAUGUUGAAGUCGACAUGUUUGGUCUACCAGCUGAUACAAUUAGAAAAGAAUAUCGUACGAAAACGAUUCCAGCUAAUGGUCUUAAUCCAAGAUAUGAUGAAACUGUUUUUGAAUUUCGAAAAAUUGUUCUUCCUGAUUUAGCUAUAUUGCGCAUUGCAGUUUAUGAAGAAACAGGUAAACUAAUUGGACAACGUGUUUUGCCAUUAGAUGGUUUACAAGCCGGUUAUCGGCAUAUAUCAUUACGUACAGAAGGCAAUUUUCCAUUAUCAUUACCAACUGUAUUUUGUGAAAUAAUUCUUAAAUCUUAUGUACCGGAUGGCUUGACAGACUUUGUUGACCAAUUAAAUCAGCCAUUAUUAAUUAAAAAAACAGAAGAAUUAUUAAAUUCAAUAACGAAUACAUCUUCUGAUGGUACUCUUACCACAAGUACUUCAUCACUACGACGCAAUCGUAUACUUAUUGAUACAGCAUCAGCACCCAAUCCUUCGUUAGAUGCAAAACUGACAACGACAGCGGCUAGCAAUACGUCAGUUAAUACAGUAUCUACUAGCGAUGGAAUUAAUUCAGCAGCAUCUAUUAAAUAUAAAGUACCUAUUGAAAUAAUCGUUCCAAUAACAUUAGAAUAUUUAUAUGAACAAAGAAGUUAUUCGAAGUUAAAACAUAAACAAGAUAAAGAAUUAACAUUAGUCAAGAAAAAACACGCUAAAGAACAAGCCGUACUGGGUGAACAACAAUCGAAAAUAAUGAGUAAAGCAAAAAGUGAUACAGAGAAAGCAACGCGAUCACCAAUGAUACAAGUUGGAAGUCAACGAAGAAACCUAAGUAAUGGUGGUAAUUCAACAGAAGGAAAAACUGAUACUAAAAUAAUGGAUUUAAUAAGUGAACAAAAUGUUGAAUGGACGUCACUUGUACAACGACAAAUAACAGAAAUGAACACAUUACGACGGCAACAUACUAAAGAGCAAUGUGAAGCGUUACGUCUUUUACUAGAGGAGACACAAAAAAUACAAACGAAAGAAUUAGUUGAACGACAAACAAAAGAAAAAAAAGAACUUGAAUUGAGUCAAGUACGUCAAAAUAUUGAAGAUAGUAAACGACUUGGUUCAGAAAAAAAUAUAAGAAAUAAAUCCGACUUAGAUCGUCGUGUACGUGAAUUAAAAUCGAAUAAUACAAAAAAAUUCGUCGAAGAACGUAAAAGACAAACUCUGAAACAUGAACGAGACAGAGACAAUUUAAUUAAAGCACAUGAAUCACAAAAAACAAUACUUCUAGCUGAUAUUGAUAAAAUGCUUGAAUAUAGUGUCAAUGAUCAAGAUGAAACACCAACGGCACGGUUUCCUUCGUCAUCUGUCUAA